AUGCGUCCAUCGCGGGGGACAUCGGCGCAUGUACACCCAACGUUGACUGGCACGAGUGUCUUGUGUACAUUCCGUGCGGUCUCAUCUCGACGGCAUGAACGGCAAUUGCAGCGCCGGUUUGGUCCAGCGUGGCGUUUACUUGGAAUUACCGCAGUUCCAACAACAACAAUAACACCAGAAACCGUAAUGCCAAAGUUAGCCACAUCCUGUGAGAAUAAUCUUUUUGUUAAUGGACCAAUAUCUACUACUACUACUACUACUACUACUACUACUACUACUUCCUCUCAUAUAAGUAGUAAUACUGUCGUAUCUCCAAAGAUGCGAAUGGAUGUGCGGGCAAAGGCAUUAGAGUUGGGUCUAGUCUCUGAGGAUGAUGGUAAUAUACCCCAUCAUAGCGAAGAUACCUCUGGUGUCUCUACUAGUGGUGAUCCCUUACUUGAAUUCUUAGAGAAAAAUGAAGAAGAUGCGGCUAUUCUACUUGCCAUGUGGACAUCCCUACGUCGUAGUUGUCUUCAUGCAUCAGAGAUAUCGGAGUCUCUUUCUCUUAGGGCAAGAUGGUUUCUACAUCUUCUUAUUCACAGACGUGCUAUUGACGCUGCGGUGCGUUUUUACCAACGAUUGUUAACGUUAGGUGUACAAUUGCAGAAGUGGGAUGUGGUGUUGCUCUUAAGCAAUUUACCGUAUGAGCGGUCUACGACAGUAGCAGCAUCACAAUCAAAGGGGUGGAUGGAAGAAAAAGACUCUUCAUUGUGGGAAAAGAGAAAAUUAAUGGAAAAGAGACGAAAAGGGGAAAGUACAGAUAAACCACGGGGACAAAAUAGUAAGAGUAGUACUGUUAGUGGUAGUCAUUGUACUACUGUUGAUGAUGAUGAAGGUGGUGGUGGUAAUGGUGCUAAUAGUUGUAAAAAGUCAUCUUCUAAUUUUCUGGAGAAAAAAAAAGAAGAAGAAGAAGAAGAAAAAGAAGUGAAAAAUAAUAAAGUAUCUUCAUGUGAAAUAUUAGCUGAACCUAUUAUGAAGGAAACAAAUGGAAAAAAAGGUGAUGCUCAUGUUUCUAUUGUAGGUGGAGAAAUUCCUGUAAUUGGUACACGUCUAUUUCAUGAACAACCUGAUUGGGUUAAACGAUGGGUUCUAUAUGAGGCAUCUAUGGGGAAUAUAGAUAUGAUUGAUGAGAAUGAACCCCCUACUCUAGUUUCCCAAACCAUAGAUAAUAAUGAUAAGGAUAAUGAUGAUAAUGAGUCCUGUAUCCACGAUAAGGUAAAUGAACAUGAUAAGUUAAUAGCAACCGAAGAAGCAAAUCGAAUUAUUGAAGUAACGGCAAUUUUAAAUCAUCUCAUGUUAUUACAUGAUGCGAGUAAAAGUAUUAUUUCUACUGAUCAACCCAUGUUGAAAAAAAAAUAUCAGAGAUCUAUUACAAGGCGUAAAAUUUCAAUUACUUGUAAGAGUUACUGCUAUUGGAAAGAAGCAUUUCAUAUUGGGAGUGUUUACAUUUCAUCACGACCCCAGUCACAACGUGGUUGGUCCCUUCCAAUAGAAUUUCUUUCUACUAUGCGAAGAGCAGUAUUGGGUUCGGGAUCAUGGAAAGUAUCUCUUCGCUAUCUACAAACUGCAGAGAAACACGGUAUACAACUACCUAAAAGAGAUUAUGUGAUAUUUAUACUUUUAGCUUUAUCUGCAGAACCGUGGGUAAAAAACCGUAGUGUGGAACAGUUUGUUGCACAUCAUGUUGUACCCAAAUUUUUGGAUGAAACCGCAUCUGGAUACGCCGUUCAAGCAAUCUGGUUAUCACAUGUUUGUUCUGUAAAGGCGGAUAGACCUGAAAGGUAUAUGGAACUUAUGAAAGAUCAUUCAAUAAAUCUUCCAACUGCAAUAAAACAGUGUAUGAUUUAUGUUAAACUGGCUACAUCACAUUUACAUAUUGAGGUGGACCGUUAUCGUGCUGAAACUGCAGCUCAAGAAGUAUUAGCAACCUCUAUCAAAUUGGGAUUGUAUUCUCAUGAUUCUACUUCCUCAGAAGGGCAAAAACAGAAUACUGAUAUGAUAAUGAACCAACAGAAUGAAAAUAUAUCAGAAAAGCUUAGUGGUGCUAUUUUAUCUGAUAGUAUGAUUAAUUCAUUUAGAUUGGUGUGUAUGACUCUCCCUCGUAUUGUAGCAUUAGCUUCUGUAGCGGUGGAUUCGAAAGAGAGUGCUCUUCAUCUUUCUACUUUACUCUUGGAUACACUCUAUGGUGAGAUUGGUCUGUGGGGAAUAUUCUCUAAAUUGUAUAUGGCAGAAGAUCUCGCAUCUGUACGUCGAGCACCAGAAAGAAGUCUUUUAGCGACGGAAUUAAUUCUUUGUGUUACUCGUAUUACGUUAACAUUAUGUGUUAAUAAUGUUGAACUCUUAUCACAAAAACGAGACUUUUCACUAUUAACAGUAAAAGAGUUAACACUUCUUCUUGGUAUUGUGGUAGAAGUAUUAGGGGUUAUACCUACACGAGUAACACAUGCAAAAGAUCAUCCUCAGUAUGGACAAGAAAAAGAAAAAGAAGAAGAACAAAAACAAUUGAUGUUGGAGGUGAUUAAUGAAUCCUCAAGACUUGUAAAGGAAACUUUUCGUUUUCUCUCUAUUUCCCCCACUAGUGAAAAAGUAUUGUUUGGAUCCACAUCUGAAGAAACCGUGGAGGUGGUUGUUCUUGUUGUACGUAUUCUAUUACGACUCCAUACAGAGUUUACUUGGAGUCAUCUUCCGACCUCUACACGGUUGAGGAUUCGACGUCUAUUGGGACAUGAUAGUGGUUUAGGAAAACAAGUCCGACGACAUUUACGACAGAAAGAAUUACAACAUUUACAUCGACUUUUUUACACAAAACGAAAAAGAAGAAUAGUUGGUAGCCACAACAACAACAAUACUUCUUCUUCUUCUUUACUACGACAACGUACCUUCUCACCAGAGGAUAUUGCACGGAUAAAAAAUACGGCCAAAUUGCAUGAGUUAGUUUAUGCUUUAAGUCUUCGUCAUGAAAAUGAUGCACUUAAGCUAGAACACGCACUUACUUCACAAAUUCGUAGGAUGCAAUGGAAUGAUGCUCUUACAAUGAUGCAUAUAGCAUUACAUCACCUUCGUUUAUCUCCUGGGACGUUAAGUCUCUCUUUCUUUGCUGAAGUUUUGGAUCGUGUGCGUGGCGGGGCUAAAUCUUCUGCUAAUGGUACAUCACUUUGGCUACAAGCAAUAUCUGUAUAUUGGGAUGCUGUGGAUCAUACAGCCUGCCGUUCUCAUACGUAUUCAUCAUCUGAAAUGGAUAAAAAUAAACAAUCCCUUCAAAAUCAUGAGAAAAUGGUUUUAUCAGGACUUCUUGUACCAAUGAUGCAUUUUAGUAUGUCUAUUAUGCGAAGAGAUAUUGGAUGGGCUUGGUUGAAUAUGUGGACUUCUUUGCAUUCUCCAGAAGAACGUGAUAUUCACUGGCUGAUGCUCAAUAUUAGGGCGAGAUCAGCAUUACGUGAUAGCCGAGCACUAUCUAUGAGUGUAAAAUUAUUUAAAGAAAGAGAACAACAAAACACAACAAAACAACCAGUAACAACAGCAUCUUUGGAAUCUUUGCUUUGUGAAGUUGCAGUUAGACAUAAUAAUUGGAGUGUAGCUCUAGAAUCACUCUUGGAUGCCUUUGAAUUAUCGGGUUCAGUGAAUAAAUCCUCUACUAAACCAUUACCAUUACCUGUUGUAAGUUCCCUAAUGCGUAUUUUAUGUCGAGCACCUGUUAAUCUAUCCAACACGGCUCUAAGACUGCGAGCAUUGCAAGAGGAUUGUUGGGAUUUACCAAAUGCCAAUGCUCUUUUAUUGCUGUUGGUUCGCCAACGUCGCUGGAAGAUUGCCCUUGAACAUGUAAAGGAAAUGAUGCCAUUAUUGGAUACACCUAAUAACACAGAAGAAGGAGAAGAUGUUUACAGUAAGGAAAACAAAAAUAGUGAACACAUGAAACUUAAUCGUGCGAUGUUUUUACUUUAUGGUCUUCGGGCAUGCGCCAGUGGUGGGUGUAGUGAAGAGGCUGCGAUAUUGUACGAUAAACUCAAAAUAAUACUUGGAGAGUCUUCUCAGGUGGUGUUAACAGAAAGAAAUGAUUCCAAUAACCGUGUAAAGUAUUUGGAGGAUAUAUUAUUCUCUGCUGCUUCCACAGUCUCCUUUACUACAGGAGAAGAGGGUGAAAGAAUGCAUGCGAUUGCGACUCAAGCCCGUGUUUACUUUCUUCGGGCCAUGACGAAGAAAAUGUUAAUGCCCCAUAGCAACAAGAAUGAGCGAUCACCAUAA